ACCGAGUUCGUACUGCACCGCGAUAAGAGUCAGUGCUAUCUAGCAACGGGUCGCAGACUGCGAUAACGUGUCUUGCUCUCAGUACGUUUUUCGAACACUGACAUAAACACUCGCUUUGUUUAUAACCAACCAGUCCGAAAUGAGACCGAAGUUGUACAUGAGCGAAAUCUGUCCUUCUGCACGAGCGGUGGUGUUGACAGCGAAGGUACUACAACUGACCCUUGAAGUGAAAGAAGUACCCACCGACCAGAAGUGGAACCAAAACUCGAUCCCGACUUUGGAGGACAGCGGUUACGUCAUUUGGGACAGCCAUGCGAUCAUAGCGUUUCUUGUGGGGAAGUACGGCCAGGAUGACUCCCUGUACCCGAGGGACAACCGCAGGCGGUCCAUCAUCGACCAGAGGCUACGUUUCGACUCGGGGGUCAUCUCGUUCUUCGCCAAAACGAUCCUGAACCCGAUCCAGUACGACGACAACUACAACACAAUCGCGGAGAUCUACGAAGUCGUUGAACAUUUCUUCGACGAGAACAACCCCUGGAUAGCCGGGGACGAACUAACCAUUGCCGAUUUGAGUCUAAUCCCGUCGAUUACGUCCCUAGAUGUGGUGGUACCCAUAGACGAGAAGCGGUUCCCGAAGCUGUCGCGCUGGAUCAAGAGAGCCGAAGGCAUGGCUUUCUACGAAGCCAACAAAAACGGGCUCUGUAAGCUCCGAGACGUGUUAAAUCGGUGUUGACCCUACUAUUUUCGGUUUUAUUGUAUUAGUGAUAGGUGAGAUUUGUGAUAAUAAGGCUAUAAAAGCUAAGUACUGUACUGUAGAUAUAAGUUUUUAUAUUUUUGACGAAAUAAAGGUCGUAACGGUU